AUGGUUAAGGUGCCAAACUUCACAAUCAAAGCUACCGGGAAACAGGUUCCAGCCAUUGGGUUUGGAUCAGGCACAGCAUGGCGUUUGCAAAAAUGGGGCCAGAUGGAUGAAGACAAAGGUCAUGAACUGAUUGUUGAGCUCAUUGACCAGGUCAAGACUGCAAUUGACGUUGGUUUCAGACAUAUCGAUGUCGCAGAGGCCUACUUCACCCAUCGCGAGGUUGGCGAAGGUAUCAAGGCGUCAGGCAUUGCCAGAGGGGAGCUCUUCAUCACCGACAAAUGGAGCCCUGGUGUUUUCAAGUCGACCAAGUCCAAGGGUCCAAAGGAAUCUAUUGCAAAGACCUUGAAGGAGCUACAAUUGGAGUACAUUGACCUGUAUCUGCUGCACAGUCCUCAAGCCAAUGAAGGAGAGAUAUCCACUGAGAAUGCCUGGUUAGAAUUGGAGGAGCUGUACAGAAAUGGUACAGUUAAGCAGAUUGGUGUCUCCAACUUCUCUGUUGGUUGGCUCGAGAGAGUCAACAAGGUUGCCACUGUCAAGCCAAUGGUGAACCAGAUUGAAUUCCAUGCCUACUUACAAGAGCCAACGCCAGGCAUUGUCGACUACUGUAAGAAGAACGACAUUCUUAUCGAGGCCUACUCGCCAUUGGCACCUAUCACAAAGGGUAGACCUGGUCUAUUGGACGACAUCUUGCCAGAGUUGGCUGCUAAGUAUGGCAAAGAUGAGAAUCAGAUUCUGUUGAGAUGGGUUUACCAGCAGGGCAUUCUGCCAUUGACAACCUCGUCAAAGGCGCAACGUCUCAGAGACUCCCUAGACAUCUUCACCUUUGAGCUUGAGGAUGAAGACGUCAAGAGAAUCACCGAUGUUGGCAACAAGAAUGGCCGUGUACAAGGCUUCAAACCAUUCUGGCCAGAGCCAUGA